UGCGCGGUCACGCUUUUAAAUGUUGAACCGAAGUCUCCCUUGGAUAGUGGCGGUGUGCGUGGCUCAACAGAGCAGAAAGACAGCGAACAUCUCAUCGCGUAUCUGCAAAUAUGAGAAGGGACCAUAGAUAGGUGACAGUUCCAGUCACAUAUUCAGUGAUAUUUUCGUAAGUUCAGUCAGGAGCGCCUCGCGAACAGCUGGCUGCUUGCAGCUAGCUGCAAGGCUAGCUCGACAAACCCCCUUCCCCACAUGGAUAUUUUUAUGUAACUUGAUACAUUUCACCACUCCGUCGUUUUCAAGCAGCGCGAACCGGGCAUCAUUUGGACUUUUGGACAUUUUCUCGUUUGAAUCUUACAUUUUGCAAUGCGACCCUGUGGUACCGCUGUUCUGGGCUCUCGCGCUGCGGUCUUCGUGGACUAUCACUGGAGAGAGCGGUGCUGAGCCACGCUGACACCUCAGUAUUCGUUUUCUCAAUUACUUACACCGUUUUACCACAGACUGCUCCUGCAGUGAGUCAGUAUCAUGGAGGCAGGCAGUGGAGCUGCUGCAGUGGUGGGAAGUGCAGCUCUUGGACUGCUCGGAGCCUCUGGAAGUCAUGACAUCUCUGACAGGGGCCUGAGGCCUGGACGACACCCGGAGGAGGACGACAUCGUGCCGGAGCUCGCCAGAAGCAUCCACCCCCGAGAGCGACCUGACUGGGAAGAAACCAUCAGUGCAAUGGCCCGGAGUGCCGAAAUUCCAGAGCUGAGCUCUGAGCCGCUCAUGCGCUCCAUCAGCAGCACUGCCAGCAUGAAGGUCAAGAAUGUCAAAAAGCUCUCUUUCACCAAGGGUCACUUCCCAAAGUUAGCCGAGUGUGCCCACUUCCACUAUGAAAACGUUGACUUUGGAACAAUACAGCUGACCCUUGCAGAUGAACAGUGCGACGUGACACGAAAUGGCCUGGAAUCAAAAGAACCUGUUUAUCUGGUGCAGAUCUACUGUCAGGGACGAAGUUGGAUCGUGAGAAGGAGCUAUGAAGAUUUCCGAGUCCUGGAUAAGCAUCUCCAUCUCUGCAUCUAUGACAGGCGCUUCUCACAGCUCCCUGAGCUGCCCCGCUUUGACAGCCUGAGGGAGAGAGCAGAGACAGUUUCCCAGAUGCUGAUGGCUUACCUCUCCCGCCUGUCAGCGAUUGCUGAUAACAAGAUCAACUGUGGGCCGGCUCUCACAUGGAUGGAGGUUGACAACAAGGGGAAUCACUUGCUUGUACAUGAGGAGUCAUCCAUCAAUGUUCCGGCUAUCGCAGCAGCCCAUGUGAUCAAGCGCUAUAUUGCACAGGCAGCGGAUGAGCUGUCAUUCGAGGUGGGGGAUAUUGUUUCAGUAAUAGACAUGCCACCCAAAGAGGACACCACCUGGUGGAGAGGAAAGCAUGGUUUUCAGGUUGGCUUCUUUCCCAGCGAGUGCGUGGAGCUGAUAAACGACAAGGUCCCGCAGUCUGUCACCAACUCUGUGCCAAAACCAGCGUCCCCCUGCUCUGGUCUGCGGCCGGCCUCCUGGAGUCUGUUCCCACCCUAUUUGGAGAUGGAGAGUAUAAAGCAGGACAGUGCAUGGGCACCCGACCCAUUAAACCCCUACAGGCUAAGCUCAGUGUCCAAAAAACACGGGAAACUGAUCACAUUUCUCCGCUCAUUCAUGAAGUCCAGGCCGACCAAGCAGAAGCUGAAGCAGAGAGGUAUCCUCAGGGAGAGGGUGUUUGGUUGUGACCUGGGAGAGCAUCUCCUCAACUCGGGCCAUGAUGUCCCACAGGUACUCAAGAGUUGCACUGAGUUCAUUGAGAAGCAUGGAGUGGUUGAUGGAAUGUACCGUCUCUCUGGGAUCGCAUCCAACAUUCAGAAGCUGCGGCAUGAAUUUGACUCUGAACAGAUCCCAGAUCUGACAAAAGAUGUUUAUAUCCAGGACAUACACUGUGUGGGCUCCCUGUGCAAGCUUUACUUUCGAGAGCUUCCCAACCCACUUCUCACCUACCAGCUGUAUGAGAAAUUCUCGGAUGCCGUGUCAGCAGCCACGGAUGAAGAGAGGUUGAUCAAAAUACAUGAUGUCAUUCAGCAGCUGCCGCCUCCGCAUUACAGGACUCUAGAGUUUCUUAUGAGACAUCUGUCACACCUGGCCACCUUUAGUUACGUAACAAACAUGCACACCAAGAAUUUGGCCAUUGUUUGGGCCCCCAACCUACUGAGGUCAAAGCAAAUAGAAUCGGCUUGCUUCAGUGGAACGGCGGCAUUCAUGGAGGUGCGAAUACAAUCUGUUGUGGUAGAGUUUAUCCUUAACCAUGUGGAUGUUCUCUUCAGCCCCAAACUGAGCUCACUCAUUCGAGAGGGAACAGGACACAAUUCAUUGUCUCGUCCUAAAUCAUUGCUGGUGCCAUCCCCAUCCACUAAGCUGCUUACAUUAGAAGAGGCGCAAGCCCGCACUCAAGCCCAAAUCAACUCCCCCAUCACUGCUGACAGCAAGUACAUUGAAGUAGGAGAAGGACCGGCAGCCUUGCAGGGAAAAUUCCACACAGUCAUCGAAUUCCCCACUGAGAGGAAAAGACAACCCAUAAAAUCCAAAAAGUCUCCAGUUGGCAGUUGGCGGUCGUUUUUUAACCUUGGCAAAUCUUCCUCGAUGUCUAAACGCAAACUACAUCGCAAUCCCAGUGAACCGAAUGAGCUUAAGGCAAUGGCGUUGGCUGGAGGAAGAGGAGACACUGCAACUCUUCGAUCAGCAAAAAGCGAAGAGUCUCUUACUUCUUUACAUAAUGUCGAAGGUAGAGAGUCUAAAAUGUACAGACCGCGCAGACCUCGAUCCAGCAGUGAUGCCCUGUCUGCUUCUUUCAACGGUGAACUGCUAGAUAGCAGACAGCACUGUAACUCUUAUGACAACCUGGGUCAAGGGGACAGCGAUGGCGAUGAUGGUCCAAUUUGUGUGCCUGCCCUCAUCUCCCCUCCGCGCUCCACCGAUGAUGUGGACCUUAGCCCCCCUGACAUCGGCAUGGCCUCUCUAGACUUUGACCCCAUGUCUUUCCAGUGUAGCCUUCCUCUUGCAGAGACUUCCAUUUUUUCGCUUGACACAGAUGCGGGCAGUCUAAAGCGAAGCCCGGGUAGCGCCAGCGGCUCAGGUCCUAUCUCACCAGUGAGAGCAAAGGUUACGAGUCAUUCUCAGUCUCCAGAACACAGUCCGGCCUUAGGGGAUACUAAUAAACUGCCCUCUGCAUCAGAGAAAAUUGCAGUUCAGUCCGUUGAGGUCAGUGAGAAGUCAACUGCUUUGACACCUUUAAGCAUAACCGAACCAGCUGCCUCCAUGAUAAGGAGAGGGCCCGAGAGUGCUGCGCUUCAAGCCUCGUCCCCUUCAUCUCCGCUCGACUCGCCAGCCAAAUUGAGCUCUCUUUUAAGAACCACUGACCUGCCUUUGAGUGAAGCUAUUCAACAAGAGCUUCUCUCUAAAGCUGCUACCUUUGAGAAUAAAGACAUAUCAAACAUUGAAUGUUCACAGCCACCACAGACCACCUGCUUUCAGGAGCAGCCAGGAUCUGUAACUCUGGAUUUGCCAGAGGGCAAUGUCCCUGCCAGCUCUGUGUCCCUGCUCCCUCCCCCUCCUCCACCAAAGAACGCCGCCCGCAUGCUUGCACUAGCUCUAGCUGAAUCUGCCCAGCAGGCCACCGUUCUCUCACAGAGGCGACCCUCUGGACCCCCAACGCCGGUCUCUCCUCUUAGGCCGCAGGAGUUGUUGGAAACUCUGGACUGGCCGCAGCCUCUUUCCUCGCAGUCACAGCCAUCCCUGGAAGAAGCUGCAGUAGAGGUGACAAAGUCUUCGGCAACCCAAUCCUCACCAGCCUCUACGCUAACUACAAAAGUGACUCGCUCGGCCAGCUUGCACCUCAGCACAGCUGAUAGUGGAAAGCCACCCAGCACUUCUUGCAGCAGUCAAGAUGUUGUUUCAAUGGUGACCCCAAACCAAAGUGUUUUACCUGACAGUCAGUCUUCUAAAGAUCAAGUUUCUCAGAUACAGAAAAGCCCAGAGAGGCAACAGCCUGCUGUGGGCCAGACACCUGUGAGCAUGACUAAAACCACUACCACAGCCAACACACCAACCGUCAACAAGGAAACUUUCAUUCAACAACCCAGCUCUGAGAUCCACAUAGUUGAAAAUGUCCUGCCAACAAAAUCCAUCAAAACACCAGAGCAACCAGUUGCAAUUCUCCAGCCUCAGCCUCAAAUACAGACUCAGCCUCAAAUACAGACUCAGCCUCAGUCAACAUUUCGGUCUCCAGUUCAACCUCAGUCACAAGCACAGCCUCAGUCUCAACCCAAAUCACAACCAAACGCUCGAGUUGCACCUACCCCUGCAACGCCUAUUGACCCUAUCGAGAAACCAUGGGAAGCCAUAAAGCCUGUCCAUCCGAAAGCAGAUGCUCCUCAACACCAUACUCAUGGAGUGACACCUCCAACGCCUCCUGCUCGCUCUAUUGAUAGUAAGCUAGCAAUGGCUGCUCUCUGCAACACUGAGGCGGCAAACCCAGCCAACUUCCAUGCUGUCUUAUCAGGCUCAGUGGAAGAGACCCCUCCACAAUCUCACCCACCUCAUCGCAGGUCUUCCACUCAUCUGUCCGGUUACAUUUACCACUCAAAAGGAGACACAGCGCUACUGGAGCCAACAGCAGAUGCAUAUUAUCAUCAGCGGUUAACCCCUUCAGGCCAGUCCUCAGUGAGUUACCAUUAUCGGCCAGAAAGCGUUCCGCCUCAUGUUUCUUGUGUAUCAAAAUCAGAACCGCAGAUUUCUUACAGAGCUCAUGGUGAUGGCCGAUACAAUACCAUCGGACCCAGAUCUUACCACCAGUCCAUCAAGUCUCGUGGCCCACAGAGGGGUGAAUACAUUUCGUCAAGCACACUGCACCACCCUCACGCCUACAGCCCAGUAGAUGGACCUACGGUGUACCCUACCAUCCGCAGGGUUCACUCCCUACACGUGCCUCCCACUGCUAUUCGCUCAGUGCCAGUUACCAGAACAGAGGUUCCACCAGACGAUGAACUUUAUUACUACCAGCGCCCAGUCUACCAUUGCAAGUCGCACCAACAGUCUUCUCAAGCUGACUAUCAUGUGACACAGCUGCAGCCUUAUUUCGAGAACGGAAGAGUUCAGUACCGUUACAGCCCCUACUCUGGCUCUCACACUUUGGAAGCCCCUUACUACGAUGUGGACCAUUACGGUACUAUUCGCUUAAGACACGUCCACUCUUUCAGCGGUCGGGACACUGCGCCUCUGCUUGGCCGCUCUGGAGGGAAGUCCGGAGGCUAUCACUACCUUUCACGGCAUAUCAUUCCUUUAAAGGAGCACAGCUUUGUUAGCAGGGACAUGCCUCCUUACAGUGGCUCAAAGGGGAGUGUUUACUUGGCGUGGGACCCAGAGGAAGCGGAGAGGCUCCGCGUACACUCAAUUCGCAGAGAAAGCCGAGCGAGGCAAAAGGUGAAGGGUUCUGUUAUGUCUCAGUAUGACAAUGUCGGACACUACUUGCCAAUGGAUAUACCAAUGGACACGUUACACUUGCGCAGCAAAUCAGACCCUGGCAAAGCAGUGUUGAUGGCUACUGAGGGAAAGGAGACCAGAUACAACGUAGCUUCUGGGCCUCAGCAUGCUCCCAGGCACUUGUUCUCAGAUCCAGAUGUCCUGAUGUAUAUGGAAACGGAAAAACAUUGCCAGGGAAAUGGAAUGGGGGACAAAGCCUCCAAACAGGGCAGCACUAGGACCUACUCAUCCAUCCAUUCACAUCAACCAAGAAACAUGCAGCACUUACCAGAGGGCGGCCAUAUUGAUCCUAAAUUUGAACCAGGGGAAAAGCAGUCGAGUAGUAAACAUUGGCAGGAACACCCGGAUAGCAGGAACGCUCAGCCUCGUUACGAAAGAUCAGAUUUAGAUCGGCACAUAUGCAGGGUGAGUGAGGAUGAACAAGCAGGUCCUGUAAAGCCAGCACCUCCACCCAAACCCGAAAGAUCUCAUAAUGUAAGAGAUCGGCAACAUUACAGCCAGUCCAGUCUUCCCCCCCAUUUGCAAGACAGCUCAGAUCACCACAGUGGAUCUUAUAUUCACCAGGCGCAAAGACAAAGCACCAUUACGGUACAGUCACACUACGACAACCUCGAUGACUACCACCCAGCACCUCAGUCCCAAAGUUCACAAGCAAAUCGGGGUGGUUCCAGUUCCUACCAGAGCCCUGGUUUCUCAACCCCACAUAAUAAUCGGGCAUACUCCACUGCCUUGGGACAGGGCGCCUUUAUUCAAGCUGAGCUUUUGGCGCAAAGGCCCGAGGCAGAAGUAAAUGCUGAAUGAGCAGGCGAUUUGGAAAUGGGAUGGAUUUUGGACGAUAUCGAAUCUGUCGAUAUUAAAUUUCAGUUAAAUUCAGCAGCCUCUGCAGGACGGUGGACUGCCUUUUGACUCUUUACAGUUUUGCUUUUUUAAUGUACAAAGUAUGAAAGACUUUUUACUGAACUGAAUGUACCAUACUUCAUCAUAUACUGUAGAUACUCUGUGAUAUUGGCAAAUGGUACGUGAAUCAUAACCAGAAGAGAUAUGUAUAUCUGGAAAAAACUACUGGUUAUUAAAGGAUCCUUUAGUUCUAUUAUUUUGAAAAGUCCUGGGAUGGGGUAUAAUCGGGGUGUAAAGGUUUGCAUUUUAGAAAUGCAUGUAAUCUAUCUUUUACAGAACAGUUCUGUGUACAUUGAUAUAUAUUGUGUACUUUCUGGACAUUACAGUAACCAUAGAAAGGAAAAACUGUUAUAGUCAUCCUCUUCCUACCAUUUCCACACGGUGAACACAAGUAGGUGGUACAAGUAAUCCCUAAUCUUCUGCCUUUAGAAGGUUGGGAGCCCAAAAUGUGCAUUUAUCGUCUGUCCAAACUGUGCCAUUACUAUUGUCUCAUUGGGUUUGAUCAGAAGCAACUGGAUUUGUUUAUUCAUUUAAAAACAUGAUGAGAUUUGACUAAAAAGUGGUUGGAUACAGUAGGUUGCUCUUUAUUGUUGGAGGGACCAAACAAUAAAUGAGAAUUAUGAUGCACAUGUUAAGCGAAUAAAGUGCCAAUGUGAAGAAGUGACUUAAGACACAUUUCUCUCCCCAUAUUCAGGAGAAAUGUGUUAUUGACGGUGACAUUUUGAUACAUGUAGUGAUUUAAAAUGUUUCUGACUUAAUGUUAGACCUGCACCUUACUUGCAUAUAUUUAACAAGCUCCAUUAACAAAUUUCUCAUAGAUACCGUUUAUCAUAGACUUCGACUGCGUUCUUCGAUGGGAACCACUUGCUUGUAUACUCCAUACAUUUACUUGUAUUGAACAAAUUGUGCUUUUACAGUGUAAACGACAGCACAUUGCCCACAGAAAGAAUCUCUCAGAUGGAGAUACCAAGGUUUUAAUUGUUUCAAUGACUUUUUAUGAUUGGGAAUAGCUGUGUUUCCGUGUGUUAUUUUUGGUUGUUGUUUUGCCAAGUCAUUGCAUGUUACUGUUCUGUCAGACAGUAAUUAAUAUUUCAUAACAAAUGCCAGUUAAUUCGUGUUGAAGUAUUCAAAUGUGAGCCUAAGCUCAAAAUGGCAUAAUUUGUAUGUUUGUGGUUGAUUCCCAAAUAAUAUGUUUUUGUGUUUUGCGAAGUCUUAUGAAGUUCAUUUUCAUUGCCGGCACUUUUAUGAUCGACAACAAUCUGCCGUGUUCUCUUGUUUCCGUUUGUUUGUUCUUUAGACUGUGAAAAGAAAUGGUUGGGUGGCUAGUGUGGAAAAAAUAAAGGCACUCAUGUAACAUC